GUUGCCGCCGACCCAGUACAGCUCUGUGGGCGGACGAAUCAUAGAGGCUGCAGUCGUCGCAUCUGGCUUGAGGACCUUGCAGAUGGAGCGGUCUCUUCUGCAUAUCAUGCGGAAACAAGCAGAUGAUGCUACUCUACGCGGUCGUCCUGGGACUAACAGAGCUGAUAUUCUCUUACGAUAUUUGUCGUUCCUUUCGGAAUUCCCCCCUGAGCGCUACUCAUACGCCCACCAUCGAAAACCGUCGUUAUUUCAUUCUAAUGGGAUCGGCAAGUUCGUACGAUGGUUGCUGUGGUUUAAGCAUCCGAUGCUUUCACUCGUUGGAGGAACGUUAUCGGAUUAGGAGAGCCGCCAGAAUUCCUGUGAGGGAGACGUUCAAGAAGGCCCGCAGAAGAGUCCCUCCCCUGGGCCUAUCUCUUAUACAACAGCCGUCUAGCUGACCACACAAACAAGACAAGCCAUCUUCCGUUAUGAGAAAUCCAUGAC